AUGGCCCUAAAACGACCAUUGUCUGUUGACAGUGACCCAGAUACCAGUGACCCAGAUACGUGUGACAUUGGCAAACGACAAGCCCUUGAGCUCAACCCGCCGAAAUAUUUUUCAAACACCAUGCUCACUACACAACUACAUUACAAUCAAAACACCUCUAGUGCCAAUCCUCUCUCAGUUUACGGAACCCCUGCCGUCACCGUAGUCGAUUAUGAUAAAGACAUCGAUAUGGAACAUGUUAAAGACAUUGAGGCACAGUGUUCAUCCCAUAAAAGCUUCACCGUUUCUCCGUCAGAUACGCACGCUGUCAUACCGGCCUCUGCAGUUUAUUUCACUCACCAGAGCCAUGAGGUCUGCUUUGGUAUGAUCUGUGAUGUCGAAGCUCAAUUCCUUAACAAUCCACACAUUUUUGAUGACUCACGUCUCAUUAAUGAACGGGGAGAUAAUCAACAUCAUUGCCAGCUGUGGGUUAUUCCCCGAAAUACCUUCUUUGUAUUGCAAUCUUUCGCAAAAUCAGAUGUUGGGGUCUUGAACACAGCCAUUUCGCAUUGUCUCCAAGAACUGUCAGGGAAUACCUCCAUUCGUUAUGAAGCCCUUUUAGACUCUAAUGCAUGGAAGGAAGCAAUAAGAACUUGGAGACAAACUGGGAACAGAGGGAGGUUUCUUACCGAUAUCAAUGUAUAUGGACCCAGGGAUGCUACAGAAGCGGUCGGCAAGGUGUUCUCCAAAGCUAGAUUGUAUUUCCAGCAUCCUUAUCGUUGCAACGGCUAUAACAAGUAUGAUAACCCGCAUUAUCUCAGCUUCUCGAACAUAGCAAUCCCCGAAUCUCCUAUCGUUAAGUCAGGGCGCACCUUAGUAUAUCAAACCGAACGACCCUCAAAAUGUAAAAUCUCGGAAGCCUUUGAAAAUCUUGACCAACAAGAGUACGUACGACAAGCCAAUAUCGAUUCUCGAGUCCGGACCCUGUUACUGAGCCAUCAGAAAGAAGGCGCCGAUUUCAUAAUGCAACGAGAGGCAGGAAUUGUUCCCUCUGCCUUGUCACUUUGGAAACUCAAUCAAAAAACAUCAACUCGCUCCUUUUAUGAACAUUUGAUCACCGGCUCCAAACGAGAAGUUGUUCCCGACAGUAAUUUGGGAGGUAUUAUUUCCGAUGAGAUGGGGAUGGGAAAGUCUUUGACAAUGCUGUCGGCCAUUGUGGGCUCUCUCGCCACCGCCCAUUCAUUUGCGCAAUCGGGGGGGAGGAACCUAACGUCUAAGAGUAAUCAAAAGCUCGCUUCUAAGGCAACUCUGAUCCUUGUUCCUUCUGCUUUGGUUUUAGAUGGGUGGGUUGAAGAGAUCCAAACGCAUAUCUUCCCGAAUACUAUAAACAUAUACAAAUAUCACGGUCCCAAGCGGGAAUCGGAUUUAUUAAAACUUCUAGACUUUGAUGUCAUCCUUACGACGUAUGCUACCGUGGCCGCAGAGUUUCGUCGGUGUAGCAAUAUUCUCCAUAGCAUAAAUUGGUUCAGAAUAGUGCUUGAUGAGGCCCAUGUAAUCCGCCACCAAAGUACUGGACAAUUCCGUGCUGUUUCAACAUUGUCGUCCAAGAUUCGAUGGUGUUUGAGUGGGACACCGAUCCAGAAUUCCCUUGCAGACCUGGGAGCACUUGUCAAAUUUCUCCGUGUUCCCUUAUUGGAAACAGCUCCAGCAUUUCGGAAUUACAUCAUAUCACCGAUUGAAACAGGUAACGCCUGCGGCUUUUUACGUCUACGCUUGCUCCUUAAGUCGCUGUGCCUGCGGCGGACAAAUGAGCGUCUUCAGUUACCUGAGCCGAUCAUACAUGUCUGCCGGUUGAACUUGGCUAGCGCUGAAGAUGCCGCAUAUACGCUGAUCGGAGACACGUACCGGCAAGAAAUUGAUAAAGCCGUUAGCGGGCAGAAGACCGUUGAAGCUUACAAUAGUAUUCUUCAAGCGCUUCUCCGCCUUCGAUUACUCUGUAACCACGGCACAUACCAACAUCUCUCGCAGACAUUCGGCGUCGCGUUGCCAUCAGACACAGAGGAGGCAUUAAUGUUUCUCCAACAAAGCGAUAACGCGUGUUGUGCAUAUUGCUCUUGUGAUAUAACUGUAAUCGGGAAACCAAAUGAUCCACAGUCGGCGGAAUUUACGGUUUGCUCACAUCUAAUCUGCUGCGAGUGCUUGCCACAAUACGAAGCGGACCUGAAAGAAGCCAGAGUGGGGAAGAAAGCUCAAUGUCCGCUUUGCGAAAAAGUGAUUGUUGGAAGUUUCCUUGCAUCGAAAGAGAAGAGGGGUCCCAAAAAAGCACCCCUCUGGUCCGUUUCACCACCUCCACUUGCAUCCUUUGACGUAAAUGGCGGCUAUUCUACCAAAUUAUCUACACUCUUGCAGGAUAUUGAGAGUCAAGAUCAGUCGGAUAAAAGUAUCGUCUUCUCUGCCUGGAAGAAGAGCUUAGAUCUUGUGGCCUGCUUGUUUUCUAUUAAGGCCAUCCCAUUCGCCAUCGUUGAUGGCUCGCUCCCUUUACCGGAAAGGCGCAAAGCGCUUUCAAGCUUCAAAUCAGAUCCAGAUAUCAAGGUUCUAAAUAUAACGAUUGCGAGUCGCAUCCAUAUCCUGGAACCGCAGUGGAACCCCGCUGUUGAGAGACAGGCUAUCGGUCGGAUUCUCCGACUUGGCCAGGACAAAAGAAUUACCGUUAUCCGUUACAUCACGAAUAGCACGGUCGAGGAGUAUAUCGAGUCUCGACAAUUAAGAAAGCUUCAGAUUGCUACGGUUGGGUGGGAGGAGCGAGGAGACGAUGAAAACCAGAAACUAAAGGAACUCUCAGCUAAGCCUUUAGUUAAAGUAGUAAAGUCGUUUAUAUUAUAA